AUGAAAAGUACAGAAAGAAUUAAAGAAAUUUCUAGAACAUGAAAUGAAAGCGCAGAAUCCGAGUGCUAAAAGUGCAAGUAAAAUGAUUUUGGCGUCGUAAGUAGUGACAUUUAUAAAUCUAGUGACUUUAGACAGUUCGUUUCUUAACCUUAAACAACAUUUUUAAUUACUUUGACACAAACACAAACGAAAUAAUAUCAUUUUGUAAUCGCAAAUUUUGUACUUCACACAUCUCAAAAUGUCUUAUAUGCUAUCGCAUUUGGAAAACGGCUAUCAAGUCGAUCAAGCCAUUCUGUCAGAAGAAGACAGAGUCGUGGUUAUUCGCUUUGGACAUGAUUGGGAUCCGAUGUGUAUGAAAAUGGAUGAAGUACUUUAUAAUAUCGCGGAGAAAGUCAAGAACUUCGCUGUUAUUUAUCUGGUGGAUAUCACAAAAGUGCCAGAUUUUAAUAAAAUGUAUGAACUGUAUGACCCAUGUACAGUAAUGUUCUUCUUCAGAAAUAAACACAUCAUGAUAGAUUUAGGUACUGGAAAUAAUAACAAAAUAAAUUGGACCCUUGAGGACAAACAGGAAAUGAUCGACAUUAUUGAAACAGUUUACAGAGGUGCAAGGAAAGGUCGUGGUUUAGUUGUCUCUCCUAAAGAUUAUUCUACUAAAUAUCGAUAUUAAUUUAUUUGUAAAAUAUAUGAAAUAUAUAACGCUUUUGUAUUUUGGAGAUAGAUAAUAAUGCUAUAUUUAUUUCAAGGCAAUACAUUACAUUAGAGCUGGGAUUUAGUUGUACAUUUCGACUGAUUUUCAGCUUGAUUCUUGCCCUUUAUUUUUACUUCAUCAACCCGCGUACAAUCUGAAUACUGAUCGGCCAUCGAAUCAAGCGAAAAUUGGCCGAAAUGUGCAACUAAAUCUCAACUGUGUAUUACAUGAUGAAAGAAGCUAGAUGAAUUUGAUUUUGAAUGGAUAAUUGUAAGUUUCGUUGUAAUUUAUAUUGUGCAUAUUUUAAAAAUAAAUAUUAGGUGUGAGAAAAAGUUCGU